GUUUCUUUUAUGGAAAAUCAUUUGAAUUUUCUAAUCUUUCACAAUGUACACAUUUUCGUAUGAAGAAUAUUUUUAAGAUGUUAAUUCGAUGUUUAAUAUUUGGCCUUGGUUUUGGUGACGAAAAUGAACGGCCGUUCAGUGGGGUUCUUCUGUAUAUAAGUGUUAUUAACGAUCUACCAGAUUAGUGAUAUCAGCUCGAGAUAAUAAUGAAGACAUUUGUGAUUGUAUUGGCUUUUGCCAUCGGGAGUUAUGCGCGUCCUGAUGUUUCUCAUUUGCCUACUGGCAGCUAUUUACCGUCUGGGUCCGGACUACAAAGUAACAUAGAUUACAGUUCGGGAAGUAACUUUGGUGUAAGCUCAGAAUUCGGCCCCCAUGGCGGAUACAACAACAUCCCCCAAGAGCAAAAGCAUAUCUAUUUUUUCGCCGCUCCGGGUGAAGAACACCUCGCUCGUACUCGCAUCAACGUCGUCCCAAGCUCACAGAAGAACACGAAGAUAAUAUUCAUCAAAGCACCAACUUAUGCAGCCAUCCAGCCCGAAGUUAUCGCACCUCCAUCGAUAUCUGAAGAUAAAACCCUGGUCUACGUCCUGCUCAAAAAACCAGAAGCAGCAGGCCAACUCACCAUCCCAGUCAGUUCUUCACUCAAACAGUCUAAACCCGAAGUGUACUUCAUUAAGUACAAAUCUCAACAUGACGCCGCGUCCGCCAUACACAACGGACUUGGCGGGCAACCCGUAGGAUCCUCAGUCUCCGAAGUUGGAAGCGAGUCGAAUUUUGUCAGAACUUUAGAUUCUGGUGCUCAUCAUGGAGGUACAGAUGGCUCGUUCACUAGUCAAGUAUCCAGUACAACAAAUUUUGGCGGUAGCAGUAUUAGUUCUGGAAGCAAUUUUGGACCUGCUGGAGCUAGCGGCCCGUAUUAAAUUUUAUUAAAAAUUAAAUCAUA